AUGGGCGAAGCAUUUCAAAUCCUUGGCUUUCUUGGGUCACUGCUACUGGCGGCGUCGCUGGUGCCCCAGGCGAUGAAAUUGUACAAGACCAAGAGCGCGAAAGACAUCAGCUUGUCAUACCAAAUAUCGUACGUUCUGGGACUUGCAAUGAUUGUGGUGUACGGCUUCGGUCGCUGGCUCUGGCCCGUGUACAUCCCCGCUACGAUUGAGCUGUGCGCUGCAAUCAUAGUGUUCAGCAUGAAGCUCUACUACGACUGGCAGGAGCGAAAGCAGGACGGCGGCAAGGUCGCCGGCGCCAGGUCCGAGGUGGAGGUCCAAUGA